AUGUCCAGCGACCCGUACGGGGACGUGGUAGCGCUCGUGCUCGUCUUGGCCGCCGCGCUGUUGGUGGCUGCCGUGGUGUGGCUGCUGGUGCGCAAGUGCCGCGCCGAACAGGCGUACAGCAUGGACUGCACGCCGCCCAAACUGGCCAGCCCGAGGUCGACGCCCAUGCUGAGCUCGUCGCCCCGGCUGGAAGACGACCAGCAGAAGCCGUCAUCGGCGGCGCCGACGCCUGUGGACAAGGAGACAAGUGCCGUCAAGGCAGCCCCGACUCCAACCGUCGAUACCAGCCAUGUUCUCUCAAGAGAUGUAUCGACAACGGCGAAGUCGCCAGAUAGACAACGCGACGCACCUUCGAGGAUGGAGUCCGCUUCGAGGUCGCGCUCGGGUCCGAGUUCGGACGCCGGUGACCACGACCAGAUGAUACCGGUGACGCCGCUGGACCACGCGAAGGAGCAGGCGCUGUUUUGGGGCGUACCACACGAGCCGUCUCAAGCCAUGCCACUGACAGAACCGAUGUGGGCGUACAGGCGGGGUUCGCAUGAGGACGUCGCGAUGAAGACCGAAGACGAGAAAAAGGCGCCGUCAGAGGCUGAGAACGAGUUCGGGGUGGAGCACGUGGCACUCGGGAAGUCUUCGGUUCCCGGAGACAAGGCCAUGGGGCUCACGUCGUCCGAAGUCAAGGACCAGCACAGUGAACGACAUCAGGCCUCCAGGGAGGUACGGAAAAGGAAGUCCCGGAAGACGUCUCGCAGUUCCAUCGAUAAAUCUACCAUCGGGUCAGUGAGGCGCCAGCGAAAGCACCACCCCCCGGAGGCGCCGUCUGCAGUCGAUGCGGCCAAGCCAUCAGCCUGUGGGCAACCGGAAGUGACGUCACAUCCCCACCAGAGGGCUGCCCACGGGGCUGUCAUUGUUACCACUCCUGGCAACGUCACAACUGUUGCGUCCACGGUUCGAACCGACGAGCGGCCUUCGAAGAAGCCCCGAGGUGGGAGGUCGCAGCGCAGGAAGUCCAAAGGACGAUCCUCCGUUACGUCCAUCCCUGCAGAACGGGACGCCAACGGCAAGCCAUCCGCAGCCGGACGCGGAGGCCCAGCGUUGCCAACCGCCAUCGCCGUGCCAGCUGCUUCUUUCUGCAAGGUCACGCCGGAAGCAGCUGCGCAAGAUCCCUUCAAGACCGUGGUGUCUUCGGUCAUCGACAGCGCAUCGCUGACGUCGCUUCCGCACAACCCGGCGGCCCCCGGCAACGCAAUGGCCGAGAACACGGCGUCCCAUCCAUCACCGGCGAGCUUCUCGACGGCUGCGCAGACCCCUGGAGGAGAAGCGCACGACCUCUACAAGACGUCUAGUGUCAAAGGCACCUCGCAGGCCGACUUCGCUCCGCUUGCUUCAGGGUCCGCCAACGCACCCGUCGUUAAACCCUCGACCGACGACUAUAGCCACGGUGCCGCAAAUGAUAGUGAUAUAGGACCUGUCACCAAUUGCUUGGCGGAAGCGCCGGUCUUGGGCACCGCAUCACCUUUGGACGCUAGUUUUCCGGUCGACAAGAAAGGUGCUGCGUAG